UGCAAAGCAUCAACGAUGAAGAUUUAUGUGUAUUUAUUGUUUAUCUGUACGUUUGUAACCAAAGUCAUUUGGUGUGACACAGAAGCAAAGAUGAAAAUCUUGGGAAGUCUUACUGCCACUGGUACAAUGAAAAACUUUGCAAAGGACACCAGCAAAACAGUCAGGAUUGCCACCGAAAUUAAGAAUAUGUUAAACGGAAUGUGUACGUAUAGCAAAUAUCAAAACAGUUACGAGAAGAUUCAUAAAAAGGUUCAGAAUAUCUCUACAGACAUGGAGGUGAUCAAAGAAAAACUUGACAAAAUACAGAACUUAGUCAGUAACAUUCAAUGCAAUCCAGAUGAGAUAGGAGGAUGGACUGUUAUUCAAAAGCGGUAUGAGGGUAGUGUUGAAUUCAACAGAAAUUGGAAGGAUUAUGAAAAUGGAUUUGGAGACAAACGUGGAGAGUUCUGGUUAGGCAAUAAGAAUAUAGCAAAACUAACAUCUGAAAAAAAUCAUGAACUUAGGAUAGAUGUGGAGGACUGGGAUGGAAACAAGCGUUAUGCAGUUUAUAAAAGCUUUUCAGUAGGCGACGCAUCUACAAAAUACCAACUCACAAUCGGCAAUUACUCAGGAAACGCCGCAAGAUUUUUCAGUGAAGUAAGAUCUACAAAUACAUCACCAAUACCAAAACACAAUUUUGUCAUGAGUCUGUGUCCUUUAUCUAAUAUGCACAUAGACCAAGGUGACGGAAUGAGCCAAUUUAACGGGAUGAAGUUCUCAACAUAUGAUCAAGAUAACGACAAAUAUAGUUAUAACUGUGCUGAUCAUGCCCUAUUCAAAGGUGGAUGGUGGUACAAUGACUGUUGGAAAUCUAAUGCCACCAUUCUAAAUGGGCAUUACACCCAUAGAAAUAAUACUUCUCAGGGUAUUAUUUAUAAAUCGUUUAAAAAUACCUCUCUGAAAAAAUCUACCAUGAAGAUUCGGAAAGUGUAA